UUGAAUUUACUUUGGACAUCACUGUGAAGCAGAACUGAUAUGCCACUUGAAUUAUUAAAAGAUGUUAAUGGAGUUACUGCAGUUCAGCCACUAAGUAAUUUACACAAAAUAGAUUUCAGAUGCCUACAGCCAGAUUGUGAUUAUAGCAAGAAAUAUAUUCAGGGAAAACUCUCACUUAUCUCUUCUUUAAAUUAUCGUCAAAGUGGAACAGCUAUUUUGAAGUUUGGACUUCAAGAGAAAGAAAAUUCAAAUUCAAAAGUCAGUAUUAUUUAUAUAUUAGUUUUGGGAAAAUUAGCAGAGGAUUGCAGCAAAGUUUUCUUUAAAGGGACACCAUUGCAGUGACUGGAUUUACUGUAUUGUCAGCAUCUUCAUCAACAAAUAAAAAUGCUAAACAUUGCAUGUAUGUAAAAAUAUUGGAAGACCUCAGUUCAUCUGUUUACGUUUAUCCUAAGUCUAUAAGAGGUUGUCACACAGAAUCGAUGUCUUUGGUUCCAGCAACAAAGUAUAUUUAUACACCACUGAAUCAACUUAAGGGUGGUACAGUUGUCAAUGUCUAUGGUGUAGUGAAAUUCUUUAAGCCUCCAUAUCUAAGCAAAGGAACUGAUUAUUGUUCGGUUGUAACAAUUGUGGACCAGACAAAUGUAAAGCUCACUUGCCUUCUUUUUAGUGGAAACUAUGAAGCCCUUCCAAUAAUUUAUAAAAUUGGAGACAUUGUUCGUUUCCACAGGCUGAAGAUCCAAGUAUACAAAAUGGAGCCUCAGGGUAUCAACACCUCUGGGUUUGCAUCUCUGACAUUUGAGGGAACUUUGGGAGCUCCUGUCAUACCACGUACUUCCAGCAAGUGCUAUAGCUUCACAGCUGGAGACCACAAAGUGGUAGAAGCCUUACGGGUUUGGGCAUCUACACAUAUUUCCCCUUCUUCAACCUUAGUACAGUUGUGUGAUGUUCAGCCAAUGCAGUAUUUCGACCUGACUUGUCAGCUCUUGGGCAAAGCAGAAGUGGAUGGGACAUCAUUUCUUCUAAAGGUGUGGGAUGGCAGGAGGACACCGUUUCCAUCUUGGAGAGUCUUAAUACAAGCCCGUGAUCUUGAGGGUGACUUAAAUCAAAUACAUCGUCUACAGAAUCUGACAAUAGACAUUUUAGUCUAUGAUAACCAUGUUCAAGUGGCAAAAUCCCUGAAGGUUGGAAGCUUUAUCAGAAUCUAUAGCCUCCAUACCAAGCUCCAGUCAGUGAAUUCAGAGACCCAGCCUUCGUCACUAAGUCUGGAGUUUCAUCUCCAUGGAGGUACCAGUUAUGGCCGGGGAAUCAGAAUCUUGCCAGAAAGUAAUUCUGAUGUGGAACAGCUGAAAAAAGCUUUAGAAUCUGCAGAUUUGACAGCCUGUCAGCAUCAUUCAGCAUCAUCUCAACCAGAAUAUGAUGACAGCUUUGUAACCCUUUCAAGUUCUGGAUCUGUAUCACUCUAUGAAGUUGAAAGAUGUCAACAACUAUCUGCUACAAUACUUACAGAUCAUCAGUAUUUGGAGAAAACACCUUUAUGUGCCAUUCUGAAACAAAAGGCUCCUCAACAAUAUCGAAUCCGAGCAAAGUUGAGAUCCUAUAAACCAGAAAGGCUUUUUCAGUCUGUUAAACUUCAUUGUCCUAAAUGUUAUUCACUGCAAGAAGUUCCACAUGAAGACAACUUAAAUAUAAUUCUUCAAAAUGCUUCAACUAAGACCCCAGAUACCAGACUGCAAAAUACAUUAUUAUAUGACUCAAAAAUAUGGAGCACUGAAGAUCAAGGAGGGCGAAAAGUAGCUGUGCACUUUGUGAAAAAUGAUGGUAUUCUUCCUCUUUCAAGUGAAUGUCUAAUUUUAAUCGAAGGUGGAACACUCGGUGAAAUUUUUAAACUAUCCAACAAGUUUCACAGUGUAAUUCCCGUGAGAUCUGGCCAGGAAGACCUGGAACUCCUUGAUCUCUCAGUACCAUUUCUUAUACAAGGAAAUGUGUACUACUAUGGAUGUAAAAAUUGUUCUUGUUUGCGGACAAUACAAAAUCUAAAUUCUCUCACCAAUAAAACAUCAUGGAUUCCUUAUUCUGUGGCCGAAGCCCUGGGCAUUGUACCCCUGCAGUAUGUAUUUGUUAUGACAUUCACUUUUGAUGAUGGAACAGGUGUGUUACAAGCUUAUCUCAUGGAUUCUGAUAAAUUUUUCCAGAUUCCAGCCUCAGAUAUCCUAAAUGAUGAUGAUCUUCAGAGAAGUUUGGGUACGAUCAUGGAUAUGCUUUGUCCUCCAGGAACAAAAAUUGAUGCAUAUCCAUGGUUAGAAUGUUUUAUCAAGUCAUAUAAUGUCACAAAUGGAAAUGAGCACCAAAUUUACUAUCAAAUUUUUGACACCACAGUUGCAGAAGAUCUCAUCUAAUAUUGUCAUUGAAUUUAGUAUCUGUAAAAUAUUGUAAUUUUUGAAGGUAGUACUAUUAUGUGUAAAAUUCCUGUAAAACAAAGGAAAAUGUCAGCUGUUUUUAAAAUGCCAUUCACCUUUUCAUUACUCCCUUAGAUUUUUUUAUGCAGCUAGACAUUUUGUUACCUAAAUAGUGCUUUUUUAUAAAUGUGUAAAAAAUAUUUUGGCUGUUCAGAUGUCUAGCAUGUUUCCAGAGGUAGACCAGAAAAAGACAUUGGAGUAAUAAAGACCAUAUGUUCAUUUGCUUCA